UUAUUGACGAAUACAAUGAUGAAAUCGGGUGCGAGGGUUAUGCUGGCCUUCGUUUGGUCGUGUUGCUGGAUGAUCCAAGUCAUCACAGGGACUCCAGUCGGGACACCUGAAAUAGAUCGAACUUUCGGAGCCCCUUUAACCGCGGCAGAACUUGCAUGCGUUCCAACCUUUGGCAAAGCGGCACCCGAAGACUUUCCUUAUUCCGAGGGUAAUGACAUCGUCAUUGUACCCAAUAAGAACGCCUACCUUAGUCGAAAGUGGCCCAAUGCUAGCGCCAUUCCAUACGUCCUCGACUCCACAUUUAAUGCCAAGGCGCGAUGCGCCAUCGGUUACGCCAUGACGCAGUACCACAAGAAUACCUGCAUUCGCUUCGUCCCGCGAACGAGGCAAACGGACUACGUCCAACUCAACAAUCUUGAUACCACAGCUUUCAGGUGUUAUUCAAUCGGACUCGGUUACUACAAAGGUACAGGAGCACAUGAUGUCACUUUAUCGCCCAGCUGUUACCAGUAUCAAUCGGGCACCGUCAUGCACGAAUUGAUGCAUCGUGUCGGCUUCCACCACGAACACACUCGACCUGAUCGUGACACAUACGUCAACAUUCUUUGGAACAAUAUCGAUGAAGGCUGGAAGGCGCAGUACGCAAUUGCGGAAGGAUCCAGCAACCUCCUAACUUACGACUAUGGUUCCGUGAUGCACUAUGGGCUGGGUCGGGAAAUGACGACUAAAUUAAACACAAAUGGGGCUGUAAUUGGACAACGAAAAGGUUUUAGUCAGUUGGAUAUCAACAAACUCAAAAUGAUGUACUGUCCAAAGUAAAACGCCAGCGUUCUGAAACACAAUGUUCCGGCUCUAACGUUCUGAAACGAUUCCAAGUUAUUCAUCAACAACACCAAACUCUGGCGUUGAUUUUUGUCACUUUCUUUUUUAAUAUUUGGGUGGAGGAUAUUUUUAUUUUGUUUCUAAAUUCAAGUAGUUAAUCCAAAAAAUAUAUUUAAACAUGAUAGCAUAAUUUAAUCGGAAGAUUGCUUUACUCAAAAG